AUGGCUCCAAGAGGAAGAGGUGGCAAGUUCUCAAAGCCCUCGCGAGGAGGCGGCAAGCACUUUUCUCGCGAUCUCCAGCCACUCGAUAAAGAGGGAAAUCCCUUGGGGAUGUGGCGUGACCCAGCUGAAGCCAAAGAGUCCUCGGAAGAGUCCUCGGAAGAAGAAGAUUCGUCAGAGGAAGAGUCUUCGGAUGGCGAUGCAGGCCCAUCUGGCACAGCGGCUUCCGGUUCGGCAGAAAUGACUCGCGAACAACGCAAAGAGGCGGCCCGGUUGCGCAAACAAGCGGCGAUUGCGAGGAAGAACCGCAAGGCCGCGGCGCCGGGAGACAUGCCGACCAGUUCUGAGGAGGAAUCGGAAGAGGACAACGACGAUGGCAUGCCAGCGAACCCGAACCACACGCAAAAGGCCCGAACGCAGGCGCGAGCGGUCACUACUCCAAGCGCCGAGGCUCCCAAAAAGGACGCGGAAAACCUCAGCCGGCGGGAACGCGAAGCGCUUGCUGCUCAACAGGCCAAGGAACGCUACCAGAAGCUGCACGCCGAGGGCAAGACGGACGAAGCUCGUGCGGACCUGGCGCGGUUGAAGUUGAUCAAAGAACAACGUGAGGCCGCGGCUGCUCGCAAACAGGCAGAGAAGGAGGAGAAGGAGACGCAGGAAAAGGAGAGGAGAGACCGAGAGGCGAAACUCCGAGAGGCGGCCAUGGGCACGUCUGGUGGUGGGGCGAAGAAGAGUUCCAAGGGGAAGAAAUGA